ACAUGUAACACUUUAUGUUGAACAAACCUAAAAAGACAUACUGCAGGAGUGUGUAGCCCGCCCGAAUAGUUAGCCUAGUGUUUUAACUUUUCUGUUUUUACUCGCUGCAAAAAUAAUCAAUUUCUAAAAAAUUAAUAAUUGUGACCUGGUUAAGCAACUGGAAACCCUGUGCGUGUAGGCGUCACCAAAGUAAAGAAUUAAUAAAAAACUUCUUUUUUGCUCUAAUUUUGCAAAAUAAGUUUGGACUUUUGAAAACAUUCCAUAUUUGUACCCUGACCAGUUGUUAAACGUUUUAACCAAGAAUUUGUUUUGCUGAAACGGUAUUUUAAAAAUGUUUGAUUGGUAGUUUUGAAAGGUACCUUUUCAAAGGCUCAAUGUGGCGUUAGUUCAAUUUAAUUGAUAAUUGUCUUCGAAAAGAUACAAGUCGUAGAGUUGGGCUUGCCACAUUCUGCUUUGUUGCCAAGCUAACUUCCAGCUGGAAAAUCAAUGAAUAUAAUCGUGAUCAUGGGUAGCCAUUUUUGUGGAGCUAGUCAUUCACGUUUAGUAAUAAUAUAUAAAUAAAACAUACAUGUUGAACUUGAUUUAGUUAUAAUAUUAUGUUACAUAAUAUCUGUACUAUAAUAAGCCCCUAAUACCUAUCGUUGAACUAUAUUUAGCUCACGAGUUAGUUGCGGAACUUUACAUGAAGUAAUUCUAACAAUUAAAAAUGGCUGCAAUUGUGACCUUGCAAUCUAAACAUUAAAAUUGUUGUUCCAAAAGAAUUUCUUCAAAUCAUUCAAAACAUAUGAACUUCUGGAAUGGUCUGGUCAUGGCCGAUUUGUCUAGCGAAUUAUCUAAGAGAACAGAAUCAAAUCACAAACAAAGCAAUAAAUUGAUCAAUUUGAAGCUUCUUUUUGUUGCCACUGACAGAAAACUAUGGAGGAAAAUCAUAGCAAACUUUUACUUUAUUUUCAAAGCCAUUGAGGAGGAAAUUCUUUAUCACAAAGAUCACGAACGGUUGUGGUGCCUGUAUAUUCCAGGACUGCUGCGAAAGAAAGCUUUCGAAGAGGAUUUACUUUACUAUUAUGGUGAGCAGUGGUCUUCGUUGGUCUCUCCAAGUCCCGCUACUAAGGAUUUUGUUGACCAUAUUCACGCAGUUGUCGAAAAAAACCCGAUGCUUUUGGUUACCUAUAGUCACACUUUUUAUCUGGCUUUGAUGGCAGGCGGUAAGAUUGUAAGAAGUAUUGUUACGAAGUCCUUGCGUUUAAAAAAUGGUUUAGGAACAUCAGCAUUGGAGUUCAAAUCUGAGAGCGCGGUUAAACUGAAGAAAAAUUUAAAGGAUACCAUUAACAGUUUAGGUGUUGACUGUGAACUAAAGGAACAACUUGUACAAGAAAAGAUUGUUGCAUUUAAUAUGGUUAAUGCAAUCGUGAAGGAGAUCAAAUUGGAACCUUCAUCAUUUAUGGGAAUCAUCAAGUUGCUGCUUUUACUUCUUGCCCCAUUGAUCGUUGCUUAUCUUAUUUAUCAAAUUUGGGUGCAAAAGACGUAACAAUGUUUAGCUUAUUGAUAAUAUUUUAGUAUAAGUUAUAACGUCGUGUUAAAACGAACAAGUUAAUUUUAGAAAAGUGUGAACUAUACAAGUAUCUGAUAAAAGACGUUAAUAUGACUUCUGGGGGAAAGGGAUGAGGCUUGCAGGUAUUACGUCUACGCUCAAAAGCUCAUGGUAUUAUAAAGGUGCACAUCCAAUACGACAGCAAAUACUAAUCCAAUGGGAAAAAAUAUGUACGCAGUUGAUAAACAAAUACAUCUGAUCAUGCAAUAAACCCAUACAUACGAUCACACAAUGAAUGCAUACGUACAAACUA